UGGCCUGAUUGUGAGUGAGCGAGAGAUGGGGAGGGAGUGACGGAGGCAAAGCGAGAGAACGAGAGCGAGAGAGAUAGAGGGAUUACCUCACAUCUCACAUGUUGCACUGGAUCAUUCCCUCUAUUGUAGCAGGAACAAUGACAGCCGAGCGUAGAAGGCUUAAAACGGAGAGGACGAGACACGCACGCGGCAGAGGAAAGCACCGGGAGAGACAAACACCAACAGAGAGGAGGAUCCAGCGUGUUCUUUUCGGCCUGUAGGUGGACUCAGUCCCAGGCCUGUCCUUGAUGCUGUACACUCUGGCUGGCGGGGGCACACUGUGUGGUGUGGCCGCCCUGGUGCUCCUCAUCGUAUCUACCGCAACCGACUAUUGGAUGCAGUAUCGGUACUCUGGUAACUUAGCCAAUCAGGGCCUCUGGAGGUUUUGCAUCAAUCACAAGUGCCAUGCCCACACACUGACUGUGGCUUUCUGGGAUGCGACACGGGCCUUCAUGCUGCUGUCUGUUCUGAGCUGCUUCGCUGGAGUGGUGCUGGGCCUCAGCGCCUUCGCCAAUGGCACCAAGAACAGGAGGGUCAGAACCGGGGGCAUCGCUCUGCUGCUGUCCGGUUUUCUUGCACUGUUAGCUUUGGCAAUCUACACUGGAGUGACUGUGAACUUCUUUGGAAAGCGCUACAUUGACUGGAGGUUCUCAUGGUCCUACAUCCUGGGCUGGAUAGGAAUCAUUUUGGCUCUUGCAGCAGGUGUGUUCCAGCUGUGUGCAUAUCAGAAGAAUGCUGCUGAGCCUGCACCUCCGAGUGCUUCUGACAGUUAAAUUUCUCUUAAACGUCAGCAAAUCCAGCCCGAACUUAGCCACUGGGCCACGGGGCUGUUUACGCUUUGACAAAAUUCAUCUGCUGAAAAAUGACUUCAAAAUCUGGAACAUUAUGAUCGUUUGUAUUUCGGAAAAGGCUACACUGGAUCUGGAUUAAAUAAAUAAAGUAUUUUUUGGACUAUUUGCUUAA